GGAGCUGUCGCCGGUGGAAAGUGUGGGCGUGAGGAGAAGAAUCUCUCCUCUCAGUUUUGUCUCAGUGAAUCUACAAUUCUCAUCGAAAGUGCGUGGGAAGGACUCACCCAGCAUCACCUCUUUGUUGUCCUCAAAAUCCAGAGCCCAAUGAACCCGGAGUAACAAUCACAAGUGAUACAACAAAAUGGAUAACUCGAGAUUUUUUAUUCUCUUGAUGUUUAUGGUGAUCGGUACCUAUGGAUUUAAUCUCGAGCCCAGCUGAAGAUGGUCUAUAUGAUCCAAAUAUUGACUCGGAUGAGUUGAUUCCACCGGGUAAUGAUGAGAUUAAGGAUGGCCAGUGGUUGGGUGUGACUGUGAGGAGUCAGGGUGCUGGUGGUAAGGUGAUGGUAUGUGCCCAUCGUCAUAUCGUGAAGACAGCUGACUCCCAGUGGGGCCAGGGCCAGUGCUAUAUUCUCACGAAUGACCUGAAGUAUCAGGACCUGAAGAAGCCGUGCUCGGGGAAGCCCACGAAUAAAGCACACGAGCAGUUUGGAUACUGUCAGGCUGGUACCAGUGGUGUUCUCACGUCUGAUGAUCGAGUUGUCAUUGGUACACCUGGUCCUCACACCUGGAGGGGAACUCUCUACCUGUUCACGGUAUCUGAUGAUUAUUUAUCGAGGGACAGCACCGUCUAUCAUGCACCCAUGCAGGACGCAUCUCCUGUCAAUAAGUACAGUUACCUGGGGAUGUCUGUCACUGUUGGGAAUUUCUUCGGGAAUGGAUCGAGUUAUGCAUCAGGUGCCCCCAGGUCCAACGGCACGGGACAGGUCGUUAUCCUCACGAGACAGGACUUCAGACCUGAUAUGGACGUGGCCCUGACCCUCGACGGGGAGCAGUUCGCCUCGUCGUUUGGCUACGAAAUAGCCGCCCUGGACGUCAACGGCGACAAGAAGACGGACCUGGUGGUAUCAGCGCCUUUUUAUUUCAACAAGCUCGAGGGUGGGGCUGUCUACAUCUACACAUCCCUCUGUCGAAUCAAUCGAGACUCUGAAAAAUGUCGUCCCACUAAAUUAGUAGGUCGUGAGGAGUCGCGUUUUGGCUUCGCCCUGGCGAACCUGGGGGAUCUGAAUCGCGAUGGCUUCGAGGAUCUUGCGAUCGGUGCACCCUACGAGGGAAAAGGCACUGUCUACAUCUACCUCGGCUCCAAGAACGGAAUAAUCACGACUCCCUCUCAAGUUAUUCACUCGGAGGACACACCUGUCCCCCUCAGGACCUUUGGGUACUCUCUCAGUGGUGGAAUAGACAUGGACAGGAAUGGAUAUCCAGAUCUUCUCAUCGGGGCGUACGACAAUGACGCCGUCGUUCUCCUCAGGGCGAGAAAGAUCAUCGACAUCUCGACGUUCAUCAGGUACUCGAAGAAUAAAUCCUACGUCGACAAGAUCGAACCUCUGGAUCCGAAUAGGAUUGGAUGCUCUGCUGAUCCCAUCUCCAACUUCACUUGCUUUGAGUUUGAGGCGUGCUGUAAGACCGAGUCGUUGAAUCAGAACGAGGGGAUGCAGAAUUUAAAACUGAAUUAUCACAUCGAGGCUGAGACUUUCACAGGGCAAAAGAAAUUCUCGAGGGUGUGGUUCGCUGCUGGCAGGAAUAAAGCGCAUUAUGUCAACAGAAAUGUCACCCUGGAUGCUACGAAGGUAAUGCACUGUCAGAAGGAGCUGGUGUACCUCAAGGAGAACACCCGGGACAUUCAAUCCCCGAUAAAAUUCCGUGUUAACUACACCCUAGUGCAGCAUGAGCCCAGGAUGCCGGGGGAGGGACAGCCUCUGACAGACAUCGGUGAUUAUCCGAUAUUAAAUCAGCAGGAGGCAGCCAGGACCUUCGAGGCGAGCUUCCAGAAGGAUUGCGGGGACAACGACAUCUGCGAGAGUGAUAUGAGGGUGGAGGCCAGGUUGAAACUCGCCCCAUCCCCGAUAAAACCGAACUUCUACGAGCUCCUCCUGGGAGAAGUCGAGGAGGUGAUAGUGGACGUGAAUGCAGCUAACAUCGGUGAAUCGGCGUACGAGGCGCAGCUCUUCGUCACCCAUUCCCCAAGUCUCAACUACAUCGCGUCCAAGAGCAACGAAUCCGUCAUCUGCAAUCUCCACAAUACGACCCUCGUCAUCUGCGCCAUUGGUAAUCCCUUCCGGAAGGACAACGCAGUUAGCCUCCAGAUCAGAUUCGAUCCGAAAGGAGUGGAGGACAACGAGCCACAGCUGGGCUUCAGAAUAUUUGCCAACUCCACGUCCCAGGAGGUGAGCAAAAAAUCGCCAAUUCAGUUGCAGGCGAUUGUAGUGAAGAGAGCUGAAUUGUCACUGAAAGGAAGUGCCAAGACCCAGUGGGCUUACUACGGUGGAGAGGUUGUGGGUGAGUCAGCGAUUAAAAGGCUGGACCAGGUGGGGCCCAAAGUCUCCCACAUCUAUGAGGUCUUCAACGAGGGGCCCUGGAAGGUCAGGACUGUCGAGGUCUUCAUCUCCUGGCCCUAUGAAGUCGCCAAUGACAAACCGCAUGGCAAGUGGCUUCUCUACCUGGAGGAUAAACCAACCAUCAGCCACUCUGGAGAGUGCUUUAUACCUUCUGGCUUCAAGGAGAAUCCCCUCAAUUUACUCAGGAGCUCCAGCUAUGAGGACCUAGAUCCCCAGUUUGGAGUUACAACUGAUGCACCUGCGAGCUACUGGAGAAAUCGAACAACUGCUAAUCAUAUCAGGGAGAGGAGAGACACUGAAAAGGUCGUCAACACUAGAACUGUCGUUGAUGAUGAUGGACAUCGUCAUCAGGUCGUCUCCAUGAAUUGUAGAGCUGGCACUGCCAAGUGCUUUGACAUUCGUUGCAUAAUCUACAACCUGGAGAGGAAGCAGGAGGCUACGAUAACAGUCAAGGCCAGACUCUGGAAUUCCACUCUCGUUGAGGACUACCCCAAGGUCGAUAAAGUGAAAAUUGGAUCCAACGCGAGACUCGUCAUUCCUCCCAACAUCGAGAUCCAGCAGGAAGACCUCAACAAUGAUCAUGCAAUCGCUGAAACCAUUGCAUAUCCAGACCUGGGGGACCAGCAGGACGCCGAGCCUGUGCCAAUUUGGAUAAUAAUCGUGGCAAUUGUUGCCGGUUUAUUACUCCUGAUUCUCCUGACUAUUGUUUUAUGGAAGCUUGGAUUUUUCAAGCGACGCAGGCCAGACCCAACUCUCUCGGGUAAUCUAGAAAAGCACAGAGAUGACAAUCCAGAGCACGAAGCACUUUUUAAACAUUGAGAGGCAGGAUUAAAUAAAAUUGAAAUAAUUUGAAAAAUUAGAGAAGACGGACGAGAAAAUAUUCAGAGCGUUGAACUGCCAUUAUAAAUUGCAAUUAACGGAUCAGAUCCAUCGGAAUCACCUGAAAGAGAAGACUUGAGCCUGUUAUUACGUACUAAUGGCCUUAUGUAUUUAUAUCCAUGAAUUUUAACGCAGCAUUCGAUGAGAUGAAGCCUUGCAUUUAUGUGAUAGCUCACAAAGGCAGCAAACUGUCCGAAUGAUUUUAAUACCAGUUUUUUAAAAUUAAUUUAAUGUAGGUUUUAUCGGUUGAAUAAUUUUUUUUUUAUGGGAAAAAUCAGUAUUUUAUGAGUAACAUCUCCUGCAGGUGCUGGUUUAUCUCUUUGGUGCUUAAUUUCUCAAGAGUAAUCACCAAAUUUCAAAUAUUUUUCAAUCAAAAGUCUUUUUUAGAUUAUUAUCUUGGGAUCCUGAGGCACUAAAAGGUUUUAACAAUUUUUAUGUCGCUUUAAAAAUUUAUUUUCUAUAUUUACAAUCAAUUUAUUAAUGAUUGGCGCUAUUAGACGGAAUUUUAUUCAUUUUUGGGAGGAAUGUGCGAUGAUUUUUGUAUGCAGCUCUAGGUGAUAAUUAUGUAAUUAAUUAUUUACGAAUAUUUUGACAGGAUAGUCAUGAUUAAGUUACGAAAUUUUUUCGUAUUUGCGUAGCAAUUGUUAUAAAUCAUUUUGUCGAAUGAUUUGACUCGUUGCCAUUAUAAGAAUAACUCAUUCACCGAUAAAAAAUCAUCUGUAAUUAUUUUGGAGGAUGAAUAUCUGCAUUUUGGUACUUAAAACAUUUUCUACUAGGCAAAAUAAAAAUUAAAAAUUGAUUGUUGAUCAAUUGAACAUUCCUAUGCCACAUUAAAUUCAACUUCAUUAAUAUUUAUGUAAAAAAAUUAUCAAAUCCAAGGAUAACGAAAGCACAAGAUUGUUUUCAGAGGUAAAAAAAAUAUAGAAAAUAUCGCGAAUCAACUAAAGUCGAUUCGUCUCGUUUUUACAAUGUAAAGAAUACAUUUUUUUAAUAAAAUAUAUAUUAUUUAAGAGG